UUUCGGUUCAGGCUAUGCUGCCAGUGUGACGUAUAAUCUAGUGGAUGGGACGGUCCUUCAACAACAACAGCUAGUCAGACACCUCCGUAGCUUUCUAGCAAACAUAGCUACAACAUUCACGCUCUUUACACUGUUUUGGUGUAUAUUAGUCGCUGUGUAUUAAACACACUUCUGUCGUAUGUACUUGUUGGCCCAUUUAAUUAUAUAUUUACGUUGAUCGUCAGCUAGCUGGUUUGCUAAGUUAGCUUUGAACUAGGCUAGUCACUAAUGCUAGCUAGCUAACAUCUCCGACCAUGAGUUCACUAAGUUACUCACCUCCUGAUAAAGAAGAGGCGGUCUGCUGGACGGAGAAAGAAGGUCUCGUCAAAGAGGAGGAGGAAGAGACGGAUGUUACAAUACAAAAACAAGUAGAGAGUGAAGCUGUUACUGUGAAAGAAGAGAAAUACGUUACAGUGAAAGAAGAGGCAGAUGCGUUGAGAGUGAAAGAGGAGGAAGGUGUUACAGUAAAAGAAGAGGAGGAAGAGAAAGAGGAGGAUGCUGUUUUUGGAGUGAAAGAGGAGGAGGGGGAGAUUACUGUCACAUUGGAUGAAGAAGAGGAGGUUGGAGAUCUGUUUAACACCAGAGAGAUACUUCACUAUCGUGGAUCCUCUGGGGAGCCUCAACAACCUCAUGAUGCUGAAGAGGCAGAGAAGAGUCUCUGCAGAUCAGAACACCUCAUAAAACACCUGCAGAGAUCCACAGGGAAGAGAACUCACUGCAGCUCUGACUGUGGGAAGAGAUUCACCUCAUCAGGCAAUAAAAUUCAUCAGAGAACACACACAGGAGAUAAACCUUUUAGCUGUGUUCAAUGUGGGAAGAGUUUUGGUCAAUCUUGCCAUCUGAUUCAACACCAGAGAAUACACACAGGAGAGAAACCUUAUAGCUGUGGUCAAUGUGGGAAGAGUUUUUCUACAUCUGGCGCUCUGACGCUGCACCAGAGAACACACACAGGAGAGAAACCUUAUAGCUGUGGUCAAUGUGGGAAGAGAUUUCUUCGAUCUGGAGAUCUGACAGUGCACCAGAGAAUACACACAGGAGAGAAACCUUAUAGCUGUGAUCAAUGUGGGAAGAGUUUUAGUCAAUCUGGAGAGCUGACUCAACACCAGAGAAUACACACAGGAGAGAAGCCUUACAGCUGUGAUCAAUGUGGGAAGAGUUUUGGUCAUCCUGGCCAUCUGACUCAACACCAGAGAACACACACAGGAGAGAAAUCUUACAUCUGUGAUCAAUGUGGGAAGAAUUUUGGUCGAUCUGGAGAGCUGACAGUGCACCAGAGAAUACACACAGGAGAGAAACCUUAUAGCUGUGGUCAAUGUGGGAAGAGAUGUACUACAUCUGGCACUCUGACUCUACACCAGAGAACACACACAGGAGAAAAACCUUAUAUCUGUGGUCAAUGUGGGAAGAGUUUUGGUCGAUCUGGCUCUCUGACUCUACACAAGAGAACACACACAGGAGAGAAAUCUUAUCGCUGUGAUCUGUGUGACCAGAGAUACUCUGAUAAAAGAUCUCUGAUCAAACAUCAGAAAAUACAUACAUGAAGGAAUUGUUUCGUGAUAUCAAUGAAAUAAUGUCACAAUGUAGAUUGUUUUUAACAUUUUAGUUGGAGUAUUUUAAGGAAUUUCACAAUGUAGAACCCUAAUGUUUGCCACAUUCAAUUGAUUUCAACAUGAUAUGGAUUUUAGCCUUGGGGGAAAUCCAGGCUCUGAAUUGGAAGAGUACUAUUUGUGUGAUUUAACAAGUGACUAACACAAAAAGAGCUGUGUUACACUUACCAUGUUGGUGACCCACUUGAAUCAAAAUGCAACACUUCAAAACGUAGCUAGCUGUUUUCUACAAAUUGUCCUCUAACCAGUAAUGUACACAUUAUUCCCAGAUUACGUGUGGGUUUUGAGCUGUUAGUUUUAACAGUACGUGCAACCUCAUCUCCCUCCUCUUGGCACAAUUGAUUUCAAGAUGAUAUUGAUGAGUGAUGACAAAUGUUUUUUUAUUUUUUUAUUUCACCUUUAUUUAACCAGGUAGGCUAGUUGAGAACAAGUUCUCAUUUGCAACUGCGACCUGGCCAAGAUAAAGCAAAGCAGUGUGACACAGACAACAACAUAGAAUUACACAUGGAAUAACAUGGAGUAAACAAUAAACAAGCCAAUAACACAAUAAACAAGUCAAUGACACAGUAGAAAAAAGAAAGUCUAUAUGCAGUGUGGGCAAAAGGCAUGAGGAGGUAGGCAAUAAAUAGGCCAUAGGAGCGAAUAAUUACAAUUUAGCAGAUUAACACUGGAGUGAUAAAUGAGCAGAUGAUGAUGUGCAAGUAGAGAUACUGGUGUGCUAAAGAGAAGAAAAGUAAAUCAAAUAAAAACAAUAUGGGGAUGAGGUAGGUAGAUUGGGUGGGCUAUUUACAGAUGGACUAUGUACAGCUGCAGCGAUCGGUUAGCUGCUCAGAUAGCUGAUGUUUAAAGUUGGCGAGGGAAAUAAAAGUCUCCAACUUCAGCGAUUUUUGCAAUUUGUUCCACUCACUGGCAGCAGAGAACUGGAAGGAAAGGCGGCCAAAUGAGGUGUUGGCUUUGAGGAUGAUCAGUGAGAUAUACCUGCUGGAACGUGUGCUACGGGUGGGUGUUGUUAUCGUGACCAGUGAACUGAGAUAAGGCGGAGCUUUACCUAGCAUAGACUUAUAGAUGACCUGGAGCCAGUGGGUCUGGCGACGAAUAUGUAGCGAGGGCCAGCCGACUAGAGCAUACAAGUCGCAGUGGUGGGUGGUAUAAGGUGAUUUGGUAACAAAACGGAUGGCACUGUGAUAGACUGCAUUCAGUUUGCUGAGUAGAGUGUUGGAAGCUAUUUUGUAGAUGACAUCGCCGAAGUCGAGGAUCGGUAGGAUAGUCAGUUUUACUAGGGUAAGUUUGGUGGUGUGAGUGAAGGAGGCUUUGUUGGGAAAUAGAAAGCCAAUUCUAGAUUGAUUUUGGAUUGGAGAUGUUUAAUAUGAGUCUGGAAGGAGAGUUUACAGUCUAGCCAGACACCUAGGUAUUUAUAGUUGUCCACAUAUUCUAAGUCGGAACCGUCCAGGGUGGUGAUGCUAGUCGGGCGGGCGGAUGCGGGCAGCGAACGGUUGAAAAGCAUGCAUUUGGUUUUACUAGCGUUUUAUAGCAGUUGGAGGCCACGGAAGUAGUGUUGUAUGGCAUUGAAGCUCGUUUGGAGGUUAGUUAGCACAGUGUCCAAGGAAGGGCCAGAAGUAUACAGAAUGGUAUUGUCUGCGUAGAGGUGGAUCAGGGAAUCGCCCGCAGCAAGAGCGACAUCAUUGAUAUAUACAGAGAAAAGAGUGUUGUGUUGCGUUCCUUUGUUUAGCGACCCCUAUAUCUCCCAUUUACAUGUAUUUUUUGUUGUUGUUAGUUUCAACAGCACAAACAACCUGAUUUCCCCCCUAAUCGAUAUCAGUGAUUUAUUGCUACUUGUCAAAACAACAGCGUUUCUGGUGCUUGUGCAGUUUAUAAGGAGCUUGUUUAAAUAAAUACAAGUAAUAUGAUUAUUGUGGCAGAUGUUUGUGUAUAUAGUACAUUUUACAUUUAGGUUUUCAAUUUGUCAAAAACUGUUUCUGCAUUUGGACUAUUGAUUUGGACACGUUUAAACUGUGACAUUGGGGAUAUCCCACCUAGCAAAAUAUCACUAAAAAAUGACUAUGACCGCCGUACAAUAUAAGUUUGGUUUUAAUUGAAAAGAAAACUAUUUAAUUUCUGUUUAAUUUCAACGUACUCGCAGCUUAUACACAUGGACACAGUAUAAUAAAUCGGUCUAUAAUCAAUUUUAUUAACAAUCCUAAUAAAUUGAGUCAUAAAUAUAUUUGUUGUCCUAAGGGGAAGGUGUUACAGACUUUGGUUUUGAGGUUGUAUACUAUAGCUCGUUAGCACAUCUAGCUCGUUAGCAUGUCUAGCUCAUUAGCUCGUUAGCACGUAGGAUGCACUGAUUGGUGUCACCUCGUUAGUCAGUAUGUGUUACACCUGUGCUGGCUUGUCCAUCUCGUUAGUGGGAAGGUGUUUCACCUGAGCUGGUCCAGGUUCUAUUUAAGAGUGUCUGGCCCAGUGCUCCAGUUGUCUUGAUAGAUGUGAAGAGUCAACACCUUUAGUUGCUCCACCUUUUUGGUUUGCUUCCUGUCUUUAAGUUUGUUGUGGGUUUUUCUUUUGUUUGCCUCUUCUUGGGCAGACUUAGUGGGUGUCAUUUAGGUCCUAGUUGUUGUUACUAGUCAACUUUCAGUGGAUACCCCCAUAGUGUCUUUCAGAGCCCUUCCUAAAAAAAAACAAGCUUAUAUUUUGGGUUGGAUAUUGCAUCCAAUUAAUAUUUUAAUCAAUGGAAUUUCCUUAGAAUGUUCAUUAGUCUUACAGUUGUUAGUCUUCUGUUUGUGUACUAAAUAUUUAUGUUUAUUUUCUUCUUUUUUCCCCCUGUGAAGCCAUUGUGUUGCAUCCAUGUCUGAAAUGUGCUGUAUAAAUAAAGCUUAAUUUGAUUUCAACAAAUGAA